AAUAGAGUGGUUCCUUUUGAAUGCUGACUCACGGUGACAAGUGCGAUUGAUGGACAUUCUGGUUUUUGUGGAACAUUCAUGAAAUAGAAACUUUGCACGUUUCUUCAGCUCAGUCACCAAACUCUUGUAAACAUCAGGGCCGUCUUUGCUCGCCGGCCUCUAAAAUCCUUCGCAGGAGCAACUUGACUCACGUUGGCAUCAAAAAUGGCGUUUGGAAAGACUGUGCUUGUCACCGGUGCAAACCGAGGAAUUGGCCUUGAACUUGUGAAACAGCUUCUCAAGCAACCUAACAGGCCAGAAAUUAUAUUUGCGACAUGCAGGUCACCAGACGGAGCUACGGAUUUGAAGAAAAUUGCUGAAGAACACAAAGGUGUUGAAGUUAUAAAACUAGAUGUUGGAAAUCUUGAUGAUGUAAAGAGUGCAUUUGAAACUGUCAAAAGUCAUGUUGGGGACAAAGGCCUUAACGUUUUGAUAAAUAAUGCUGGCAUUCUGCAUUUGGAAGGGCGAUUGCAAGAUGUUACACCUGAACUCAUGAUGGAAUCUUACAGGAUAAAUACAAUUGCACCAACAAUGAUUAUAAAGGAAUUUCUUCCACUGCUUCAACAAGCAGCCAAGAAUGAGUCUUCUAAGCCAAUGAGUUGUGCAAGGGCUGCGGUUCUUAACAUGUCCAGCAAGGUUGGAUCCAUUGAUGACAAUUCAAGUGGAAGAAAUUAUUCCUACAGAUGUUCAAAGAUUGCCUUAAACAUGGUAAACAAGAACCUGAGCAUUGAACUAAAGAGUGACGGGAUCUUAGCAGUUGUUCUGCAUCCUGGCUGGGUACAGACUGACAUGGGUGGUGGACGUGCAAUAACGUCAACCACAGAAUGCGUAGAAGGUCUCUUAAGAGUUUCUGAAGGCCUUGGAGAAAAGGACAAUGGCCUAUUUUAUGAUUUCAAAGGAAAACUGAUUCCUUGGUAAAUCAAUGAAGGCUCAUCAACGUUUACUUUAGCUUGGGAAAUAGAUUAUAUUAGGAGAAUGGAAAAUCAGCCUUUUAUCUAGGAAUAGGAUCUUUUGAUAAAAUAGAUUGAUGAAUUGAUUUUGGACAUAAACAACA